UCAAUGUACAAAUAAAUUAUUUAAAAGGAUGUCGUGUUCAUAAAAUCUCGCAAACUUAGAAAUAACGAAAUCGCGAUAAGGUGUUGCGUAGUUUUGGACAACAGACAUGGCAAGGAGAAAUCAAAAUCUUGGUGUUUUCUUACUUGUGAUGCAAAUAAUGAACAUUGGAAUAGAAAAUAUCCCCCCUGUUACUUUAAUUUCGACAGUUCUUCAAGUAGCUAUUUUUCUAGAAUUGGGUAUUCUCGAGCAAUGGUUUCCGUCACCAAAAUACGUUUGUAUUAGCGCGUUUCACGUAUGGGACAGAAAAAGAUGGAACAGAAUUAUUUUAGGUUCCUUGUAUCAUGCAGACGACUUCCAUUUAUACUACAACAUGGCAUCAUUUCUUUGGAAAGGAAGACAGCUGGAAAGACGGUUUGGUAGUGUUUACUUCGGAUUUUUACUGACCAUUUUCACAGUUUUGACCGGUUUAGUGUAUGUAGCAAUUAAUAUUGCUUUGUCAGAAAUUAUGGAUGACGGAUCAUACAGACUGACAUGUGCAGUAGGAUUUUCUGGUGUAAUAUUUGCUCUGAAAGUUUUGGUAACGCAUUACAGUCCUUCGGGAACACAGUACCUUAUGGGUUUUAUACCAGUGCCGAGUAAAUACAUCUUCUGGGCUGAGCUUGUGUUCAUUCAAAUGAUUACCCCAAAUGUAUCAUUCGUUGGUCACUUGGCUGGAAUUCUUGUUGGACUACUUUAUACAAAAGGACCACUGAAAGUAUUCAUGGAUAGUUUUCUUCAAUCAUCUGAGCACAGGCGCUUUUACGGUGGAGGUUAUUCAACAGCCAGUGAUAACGAUUACUAUGGUUUCAGAUAUAAUACUCGCUACAGGAAUGAUCGUUACUCCAGUAAUAGAAAUGAUGAUUACAACAAUUAUACAGGCGGCUUAUCGGAAGAGGAACAAACGAGGAGGGCCCAGGAGGAAAGCCUCAGGGAUAGAGGAAGGAUGUACCCAGAUCUUGAUGACCUACGAAGGAGGAGAGCAGAUCGAUUUAGCUAGUUAAAGAUAUACUGAUUCUAAUUGAACUGUUUAAUUGACAUAUUUUAAGAAGUAUAGUUUUUCUUUAUUACAUGUACUAUUCUCUUUGAUUAUAUUUAAAUUUUCAUUGUUUUCAUGGUUGACAAAACAAGAAUUUUGUAUGUUUUAUCAUGCAAGCAGAACAUAAUUAUAAAAUGUUGAACACACCAGUGUUUUACUACACAUCUGUAUAGUUGUUUUUCCUGUACAUACAAUUCAAAAAGAAUGUAUUUAAUUCAGAUCAGUUAAUAAAUAAGUAAAAUUGUAAUUAAAUAAAAAAUCAUACUAUUAUAGGUAUAAUAAAGAAUAAUUUCUUACAAAAGUACAUAUGGAAUAAGUAAAUCAUAAGUUUCAAUAAAUCCACUUGUUCAUUAAGCUGAUUUUUUAUUUUUCUAAUAUUAAUAUGCUCUUGCAAUACAAUACAAGGAUCUGAUCAGACAUUA